GUCUUUGUGGGGAAUAGCUAAAAGAGAGAGGAGGUAGAAUAAAAGGGGUUUUAGAACAGUUCUCUUUUUGGUUGGUCUUCCCAAACCCAGAGGUUUUUAAUUCUGUCCACAAACUACACAUAACACAAUAACAAAAAACACACAAAAAGAGAAAAAUGUUUAACGAGUAAAUAUACAUUCUAGGGAUUCAAAAUUUUACUGGUAGAAUCUGUACAGAAAGAAGGCAAAACGCAGAUUUCUUCAUAUCAGAUCGAAGUGAAAUUUGUGACAUUGGCUCCUUGCAUUUGAUCAUUACUUAUUGGCAUGCUAUCUAAGCUAUGGUGUCAAAGAAGAGGCUGAAUUGUGGUUUUAGUGGCUAUCAAAUUCCUGUUAUACCUAAAGCUCCUAGAUCAGCUAGAAAGAGACGCCCCUGUAACAAAUUGGACGAUGAUCAAAUUUGUGCAUUUGAAUUAUUGGCGGCUGUAGCUGGCAAACUGUUACUUGAGAGUGAAAGUUCUGCUUCAAGUAAUGCAGGUGCACCAGCGGGAAAAUAUGAGCUCGCUGAUUGCAGGGAUAGUAUUAAACAUGAACAAGUGGAAGAUGAUAAAGCUGUGAGAUCAGAGUGUCUUGAUCAGGGAAGUUGUGUAGAAAGUGCCUAUAUACCAGAAGCUGCAGAGCAAGAGCAAGCUUUCAAGAAUGGUUUGAGUAAACCUUUUGCUGAAAAUAAAUUCUUUUUAGAGCAUACAUCUACUAUUAUAGGUUCUAAUUCCUUAUUAAAAGACUGGUCUGACGUGAAGUUGGAAAGCUGCAAAGAGGUCAGUGCAGAUGCACAGUUACAAACCAAAGUGGAAGGUGGAUCUCCUGAUCUGGCUGAUCCAUUUGACAUUAGAAUUGUGGAAGGAACUCGAAAACAGUUAGAUGAUGACAGCAAACAGACUGAAUUAACUGUGGCGAAUACUUGCAGUAUAAAAGCUCCGAUAGAAAAGAAUGUGAAUAGUAGUGCCUUGGUUAACUCAGAUAGUAGUGUACAGUUUCCCUUGUACAGGGACCCGGUUCCUUGUGCUUCUUUUGUAAAGUCAAGGAACAAUGUAAAGUUAGGUAUUAGAGAUGAUGACGAAAAUUAUUUUGGGUGCUAUAGGCAUAGCACUAAGAUUAGGACCUUCAGGCCAACAUCACGUAUCACAUACAGAAGAAUAAGGAAGAUGUUGACAUCUAGACACUGGAAAGUAGCUCCUAAGUUGAAGGACUGUGAGCGUUCUUACUCUAAUGAUGGAGUGAAGUCCUUUUAUUGCAAUAGGAAAAACAAGCGUGGGAAUGAAAGGUGUCGAUUUGAAAUUCCUUCCAAGAGAAGGAAAUUGUAUGACCAUGGCUUUGCUGUGGCGUAUGACAAGGAGGCCAGUAGCGAAAGCAUUUCAAAUUCACAUGAAAAGGGAAUCAAGGGAGAUACCGCAAUCCCACCUAAAGGAGCUGGGGCUUCAGCUUCAGUUAUAAAUCAUCAGAAGGAUCCUAAUGUAAAAUUUAGCAUUAAGUCCUUCAAGGUGCCAGAGCUUUAUAUUGAGGUUCCUGAAACGGAAACAAUUGGUUCGCUGAAGAGAACAGUAAUGGAAGCAGUAACAGCUAUCCUGGGAAGUGGAUUACGGGUGGGGGUGGUUCUUCAGGGAAAGAAGGUCAGAGAUGAUAAUAGAACUCUACAGCAAGUUGGUAUUUCACCGAAUGACAAUCUUGAUACAUUGGGUUUCACUUUGGAACCUAGUUUCAGCAAAGUUCCUCUGUCAUUGUCUCCUAAAGAUGAUACUCUUGCUUCAGCAUCGUAUAUUACAGACCAAGAAUUAUCUAGGCAUCCAUCUAGUCCUAUCUUCGAAUUGGGUCCUCCCAAUGCUUUGUCAGAUCCUCCAGAGGCUAAGUUGGACAAGCAUGAUGAGAGUAACCAUGAACUGGAGAUGUCACCUGCAACUCCUAUUGAUCAAUCAGCUGAUGAAGCUUUUCCAGAUUUUAAAGCCUUGGCCAUAGUUCCUCCUGUGAAUACAGAGGCACUUGCUGUGGUUCCGGUGAAUCAUAAAAACAGAUGUUCUGAACUUUCACAGCGUAGGACAAGGAGGCCAUUCUCAGUUGCUGAAGUAGAAGCGCUGGUCGAAGCUGUAGAACAGCUUGGAACUGGAAGGUGGCGUGAUGUUAAAAUGCGUGCUUUUGAUAAUGCCGAUCACCGUACUUAUGUUGACUUGAAGGAUAAAUGGAAGACAUUAGUUCAUACAGCAAGUAUUGCCCCACAACAAAGAAGGGGAGAGCCGGUGCCCCAGGAACAUCUUGACAGGGUCUUAGCUGCCCAUUCCUAUUGGUCUCAGCAUCAGGCCAAGCAACACGCCAAACAAUAUGCUGAACCUCUCAAAAUUGUAGAUGCUCAGGUGCAGAAUGGCGUUGCUGCUUGAGUGGAGAUGUCUAAUGUGAAGAUGUAAAGAUAAUAUGAUUAUGACAGGAGACCCGACGAGGAAAUUUGUAAAGAAAGCUUCGUCGCAACUCUCGUUGACUGGCUCACACACUGAUUUAUUGCCAUGUCUUCCACUGACUGGAUGGAAAUGGCAUUUGUAAAUGAAUCAAGGAAUAAAGCAGUCUAACAGACAACGUUCUUUGCUUCUGUAGGUUUUCUUUCCGUGCUGUUAGGAUUGGAUAGGAGAAUGACGAAAAGAAUAAACUAUAUCAUGAUGUACAUUAGUUUCAUAUUUCUACCACUAUUAUAUUUGUACUUCCUGUCGUUACUGAUGAAUUCCUUUAGCUUGAUAUUAAAUUGGAUCUCCACUAAUUGUUUUCUAA